AUGAGUUUUUUGAUUUCAUGGUCUAUAUUUCUAUUUGCCUUAAUUCCAAGGACAAAUGGAAUAAAUUGUAUAUCUUGUGUUGGUUGGAGUAAUUCAGGAUGCAAUGAUCCGUACGAUGAGUCUACAUCAGGUGACCUACCGGUUCCAGGAAAUACAUAUUGCUUGAAAGUGGUUUAUCCGACUUAUGUAGAACGUAUGGCUGGUGGUCGAACAUGUACAGCUGGAGCCGGUGUUGGUAGCAGUGUCCGUUAUUGUUGUUCUGAUACAGAUUAUUGUAAUCGAGCCCCACAAAAUAUACGUCGAUUACAAGUUUUUCAUGAACUAAUCAUGAAAGAGCGACGAAAAUUGAAUGAAAAACUAUUGACAAAAAAUGAAACCUAUCAAUUCGGCAUUAUUUUAUGA